AUGGCCGCGGCCACCUCUACCCCUACCUCCCCGGCAACGGCAAUCCUGGCGGCCGGCUCCAUCGUCCACGCGGACUCGGGCGGAGGCGGAGGCGGCGGCGGCGGCGGCAUGCAGCCGGGGAGCGUGGCCGUCACCUCGGUGGCGGGCGGCUACCGCGGCGACCCGGCGGCAAAGAUGGUCCAGAGCGACUUCAUGCCGGGCGCCAUGGCCGCCAGCAACGGCGGCCAUAUGCUGAGCCAUGCCCACCAGUGGGUGACAGCCCUGCCCCACGCCGCCGCCGCCGCCGCCGCCGCCGCCGCCGCCCGCCGCCGAAGCGGGCCUCGCCGUGGUCCGGCAGGCCCCGUGGGCAUGACGGGCAGCCCCCAGCAGCCGCCGCCGCCGCCCGACGUCAAGGGGGCGGCGGAACGCGACGACCUGCACUCGGGCGCGGCGCUGCACCACCGGCCGCCCCACCUGGGCCCCCCGCACCAGGGGCACCCGGCGGCCUGGGGGGCGGCGGCGGCCGCCCACCUACCCUCCAUGGCCGGCGGGCAGCAGCAGCAGCAGUCGCUCCUCUACUCGCAGCCCGGGGGUUUCACGGUGAACGGCAUGCUGAGCCCCCCCCCCGGCGGUCAGAGCCUGGUGCACCCGGGGCUAGUGCGCGGGGAGACGCCGGAGCUGGGCGAGCACCCCGGGCACCACCACCACCACCACCACCAGCACCCCGGGCACCACCCGCCGCACCACGGCGGCGUCAACAGCCACGACCCGCACUCGGACGAGGACACGCCGACCUCCGACGACCUGGAGCAGUUCGCCAAGCAGUUCAAGCAGCGGCGGAUUAAGCUGGGCUUCACCCAGGCCGACGUGGGGCUGGCGCUGGGCACCCUCUACGGAAACGUCUUCUCGCAGACCACCAUCUGCCGCUUCGAGGCCCUACAGCUCAGCUUCAAGAACAUGUGCAAGUUGAAGCCUUUGUUGAACAAGUGGCUGGAGGAAGCCGACUCUUUCCACGGGCAGUCCACCAGCAUCGACAAGAUCGCCGCCCAGGGCAGGAAGAGGAAGAAGCGGACCUCCAUCGAGGUGAGUGUCAAGGGGGCCUUGGAGAGCCACUUUCUGAAAUGCCCCAAGCCCUCCGCCCAGGAGAUUACGAACCUAGCGGACAGCCUGCAGCUGGAGAAGGAGGUGGUCAGGGUUUGGUUUUGCAAUCGGAGGCAGAAAGAGAAACGGAUGACCCCCCCGGGGAUCCAGCAGCAGACCCCCGACGAUGUCUACUCCCAGGUCGGCACCGUCAACUCCACCACGCCGCCCCCUCACCACGGACUGCAGACCAGCGUGCAGUGA